AUGGCACCUCCAGAGAACCUCCAGGCUAUCUCUCUCCUGAAGAAAUUCAUUCAAUUUGUGAUCUCUUCCAACGUUAAUAAUAUUCAGGAGAUCCCUGAGUUCCGGGAUAUAACUCGUGAGCUCGUCCAGAAAGAUCCUAAUACAGCAAACGCUGUUCGAGAGGCUUUGACAGAACCAUCAAAGAGACCUUUACCCCGAAGAUCUACAGCGCGGCGAAGGCGCCGUCGAGACGGCCUGUCGUAUCGGCCUCCCUACACCUCGCGAACAUCCGCCCGACGUGGCUCCAACUUCGAUGCCCAUCCUAAACAACCAGCUAAGCACGCUGAUAUAAGGGAUCAGAGUGUCAUGCCAGGUGUUGAAGCCCAACCAGCAGAAGAAAGCACUAAGCAAGCUAAACAAGCUGAGCAUAUUGCACAAACACCAACACCUUCAUCCCUCCAAUAUGGCUCCAACUUCGAUGCUUAUCCUCCACAGCCAGGGAAGCACGCUGAUAUGGAGGAUCAGAAUAUCACGCCAAGUAUUCAAGCUCAAUCAGCGGAAGAAAGCACCAAGCUAGCUAAAGAAGCUGAGCACAAUGCACAAACAUCGACACCUUCAUCCAAUUUUCAAGACUUCGCUUUUCAAGUUACACAGUCUCUCUGGCAUAUAAAACUCUUUCAGGAAGAAGUUCCGUCAGCUUUCCACCAGUCGAUCCUUCGCUCACUUGCUAAACGUGACGAUGAACAAUCACCUGCCCUGCAGCAUUGGUCCGAUGGUUCAAUGUUCGUCCGUGUGAUCGAGGCCAGUGCUGCUUCUCAGAAAAGAAGGAAAGUCCUCAACAUGCUAGAAUACAUAUGGGCUUAUGAGUGGCAUCAAGACCAGGUAGAUCGUGCCAGAAAUGAGACUUUUACGAAGCGACGGAAACCUAUCAGCGAUAGGACUGCUGCGGGCCGUGUACUUGACGCAAUCCAAAAGCCCGCAAUACCAGGAUAUAUCUCUAAGCGCGAAAAGGAUCUUCAGCGUGGCCGGAUUGAGAAACAACUUCUUAGGGGGAAGAUACUUAGUACCAAGUUGGUGAAAGAACUUGGGCUGGGUAUCCUGUUCAGUCCAGAGAUCUGGGAUUAUAUAAAGCUUAGUUCAAAAGAGCUAGACCAGCUUAUCCACGAUUUCAGGAAUGACUAUCAGUUUAUGAUAUUAUUCGAAGCCUUGUCGAAACAGCUAUAUACAUUCGUCGAACAAGGCUGUCCGGAUCUAAGGCAAUUCUUCUUAGACCUCAAAUCUAGUAGGGCCUUGGAUUUUGCGGACCUGGUUUCUAUGGAGCGGAUGGAGACUGAAUAUGCCGACCUGCCUGCCCAGAAGAACUAUUGGAACGACAAGCUUGAAAGAGCUCUGGCUGACUUGGAAUGUUACAUCAAGGUCAGCAUUCUUGCUAAACCUAAAGGGGCUUCGUUUGAGCAGGAUGAUGCUAUCUAUAUUCUCAAUAACGAGAUUUCAUGCGAGGAUCUGCAGAGGCUUAAUGGUAAAUGGCUAACAUCGUUGUUGAUAUUCGCUAUUAUGGGUGUGACAGAUAGGCCGGGUUGGGUGAGUUUUGGGUACUCAAUCCAAAUCGACCAAACCGACAAUCCUUUCAAAAGAUGUGCCGAAGAUAUUUCAUCCCGAAGGGAGCGCGGGCAGGAACCUCUUGUCUAUUUCCGGCCCCUUAACCACCAGAACUCACACUUCACGCUGCUGGAGAUUAAUGAAAAGGACCGAAUGAUCCGUCAUUACGACUCGCUUCCUGUUAAGGAAAACAGAGAUCUAGUCAUGCAGAAAGCGCAACAUGGGCUGGGGCAUAUGGGAUUUCAAUUCGAAGAAGCAGUAUGUCUUGUCCCGUCUGAGUAG